AUGAAUUCGCAUUUUCUACUAUUUAUAACUCUUCCCUUUUUAGCUUAGUCAAACGAUCUUAGUUUCUUCACAAGUGCUCCUUUGCAAAAUUUAAAUGGUGUCCUGUAUACAGAAGGUUUAAAUUUUCUCUAAUACAAAGGUUGGAAUUAUGGAUGUACUUUUCCUUUUGCUUAAUUUCCGAGUGAUUAUAUGUUUUUUGGUCUCGAUUGCUUUUAUGGAAGCUUGACUGUAGAUGGAGCCUAUAUCAUGAUAUAUGAUCUUCCUCCUCAUCACACGAUUAAGAUAACAUUCAAAUAUAAAUCGUAAAUAUCUACCCAAUCAUUAGUUAGUUGAUGCUUUAGUCUAGCUCUAAUGAAUAAGAAUCUUAUCUUUUUGCUGAUGGAAAAAUUGUUUUUUAGUAUAGAAUUAUCUUAUUUAGCGAGACCAAUCAUAUCUAAUUAAACUUUGGAGCAUUUUCAACCCAAUUUUCCCAUUCAGCUGAAACUCUUCUUUUAGAGUAUUUGCAUUUAGGAGGGAAAAUAGCAGUAUCAAUUUGUCUAUUAUACUAGUUAUCAACAUCUGGAUUUCGAGAAUUUACAGUUGAUUUGCUAUAGUGCCCCUCUGGCUGCCAAACCUGUGAAUUAAACAACCUUGCUAUUUGUAAUAGUUGGCUCAUGGUUGAUUUUCAAAUGAAAGCCAAAGAAUUAUAAAAUUUCAAUAACGAUGGUUGGAAGCCACUUGGAGAAAAACCAGCCAACAUUAUUAAAUGCGGAAGUAUUAUAUUUGUAUAAGAAAAGGUUAGACAUAGUUUUAUUUUUUUGGAUUUUUCGAUAAGACAACGACAUUAGAAAAAACAGUAUUUCUAGAACCACAUUAUGCAAUAUAGGUGUAAUUUCUAAUAAUAUACAUUAAUUUUAAUCGAGAUACAAAGCCAAUAACUUCUGUUUUACUUGAUGAUGCAACAGUUUAUGAAGUUGUUGAACUACUUGAUGUUCUAAAGAUGAGGAUGUGUAACUUUAUACCUAUAGAAUAAACAACUCAACUCAGGGGCGAUCAAGCAAUCAGGGUUAAAGUUUAAAAUGCACAUAAUCAACCUAAUUUAAAAAUAACUCUUUCUUAACAAUAAGGUUCAGACAUUAAUACACCAUGGGGAAUUAGGGAUUUUAAAAUAUUAUUGAAAAAAUGCCAUUCCAGCUGCUUGGAGAGCUGUUCAGGUCCCCUCGAAUCUGAUUGCUAUAGUACAACUAAAGUUAUGACUUAAUUGAUUAGUUUUUUUACUGACCCUCUCCUUAAUUUACUUGAUGGAUGGAAUGAAGUUUCCGUUUACACUGAUAAUAAAAUCUGUAAUGGUCAGUAAAUUAUUGGAGGUUUGCAAGAUAUCUCACUUUAAAAAUUAUAAUACCCUAUUUUUGAUCUUCCAAAGCACAGUUAACUUACUAUAUCUCUUACAUUUUAUUAAAUAGAUUCGUUUCAAAAUAACGAAAAAUUUUAUAUUGAAGUUGAUGAUGUUAAAGAUUUCGAAUAAUAAUUACUUUAUAUUACUGAUUAUUCAGUUGGGACAAAACUAUGUGGAAAUUCUUAAUAACUUGACACUUCAUUUUAAAUCAAAGUCAAUUCUAUAGCCCAUACUUUUGAUAACGCCAUAAUUAAAUUUUACGUAUUAGGAACAACUANUUGA